CGUGCACGUACCCGCGCGCGGCCAGGGAGCUCUUGCUGAGCGCGCUACUGUCGUUGGUGCUCUGCACUGCCUCAGCCCGACGUUCACGGCUGCGCGAGCCCAUGGUCAGGGGAGUCAGGAGCUGCGGUCCGUCGGAGUGGUUUCGCGGGAAGACUGACGUCUGCGGCUUUUUGUGGACACGUGGACUGUGUCGGGGAAGCGCGGAUUGUCACUUUUCUACAAGCCUUCCUGGCUGAAACGAAAAAUUUUCUUAAGUUUUCAUAAGCUGACUCAACUGUUGACAAAAAGCUUUCAGAGGUGAAACUGAUCCCAGAACUAGGAUACUGUUUAUCUUAUCAAAACGGGCGGAAGUAAAGCAGUCUGAAGGAAGUUCAAGGUCACCAAACUUACUGACUGAACUACAUUUAGUAUUCAUGCCAAGAAUAAGUGGCUGGGGAAAGACCUUGCUAUUCUGCUAAAUCAUGAUGGAGGCAGAAGAACAGCCAUGGAAGACAACCUUUUACUCAAAAUUACCUAAAGUGGAACUUCAUGCCCACUUGAAUGGAUCCAUUAGUUCCAAUACCAUAAAGAAGUUAAUAGCCAAGAAACCAGAUCUUAAAAUCCACGAUCAGAUGACUAUGAUUGACAAGGGAAAGAGAAGAACUUUAGAAGAAUGCCUCCAGAUAUUUCAGAUUAUUCAUCUACUUACUACUAGCCCUGAAGAUGUUCUAAUGGUGACAAAAGAUGUCAUUAAAGAAUUUGCAGAUGAUGGUGUCAAGUAUCUGGAACUAAGGAGCACACCCAGAGAAGAAAAUGCUACAGGAAUGACUAAAAAGACUUAUGUGGAAUCUAUACUUGAAGGUAUAAAACAGUCCAAAGAAGAAAACGUAGACAUUGAUGUUAGGUAUUUGAUAUCAAUUGACAGAAGAGGUGGCCCUUCAGCAGCCAAGGAGGCCGUUAAACUUGCUGAAGAGUUCUUCCUUUCUACAGAGGAUACAGUUCUUGGCCUUGACCUCAGUGGAGACCCUGCAGCAGGACAAGCAAAAGACUUCUUGGAACCUCUUUUAGAAGCUAAAAAAUCUGGUCUGAAGUUGGCACUGCAUAUUUCAGAGAUUCCAAACCAAAAAACAGAAACACAAGUACUCCUGAACCUGUUCCCUGACCGAAUCGGGCAUGGGACAUUUCUCAACUCCUCCAAGGAAGGAUCCCCGGAUCUGGUGGACUUUGUGAGGCAACACCAGAUACCGCUCGAACUUUGUUUGACCUCGAAUGUCAAAAGUCAGACAGUUCCAUCUUACGACCAACAUCACUUUGGAUUCUGGUACAGCAUUGCCCAUCCUGCCGUGAUCUGUACGGAUGAUAAGGGUGUUUUUGCUACACACCUUUCUCAAGAGUACCAGCUGGCGGCUGAAACAUUUCAUCUGACCCAGUCUCAGGUGUGGGAUCUGUCUUACGAAUCCAUCAGCUACAUCUUUGCUUCUGACAGCACCAAGGCUGACCUGAAGAAGAAGUGGAGUCAUCUGAAGCCCCAUUUUUAAGCUGUAAUGAGGGCCAGUCAGCUGUUGCCUCGUCAGUAAGUGCAGCACAGGACCUGAUGUAUUCAUAUUCUGGGGGAUGGAAGCCCGUCUGUGAUAUUCCUGGCGCUCCACGUUUCAGCUGAAGCAAGUCCCUCUCUGCCCCCUGCGCAGCCCUUAUCGUGCUCCCCCUCAGAUUCUGUGCUACUCUGAGCUUUGUCUCACCUCCCCACAGUCUGCCCUUUGCCCUCUGCUCCCUUGCUCCCCGGUUUUCCCAUGUCCCACCCAUUCAGCAUGCGGUUUUACAGUUAGUUUUGGAAAGUUCAUCUUGCCCAGGAAACCUUCCCUCUGGGCACUUCCUGCUUCAUGAAACCUUCCAGAUUAAAGAGAAGAAAAUACCUCUCAUUUUUCCCCCAAACUCUAAUGCUUUAGACCUUAACUUCUAUGCAUAGUGUUACUACCUCGCUUUCUAAGUUCCUCUAAAGCCGCUGCAGCAGUACGCGUGCGGUUUGUUCGUGUCGGUGUCACCUGCUGCAGGCUGUGAGGACAAGGAGGGGGUCUGUUUAACUUGUGCUGUACAGGCUCAUACUACUGUGACUAUGUGGGCGGUUAGUUCAAUAC